UGGAUACUAUCCACAUGCAUUCAUUUAUUUCUUGUAUCUUCUUGUUGGUUUCUUUGGUCGCUGCUACCUUCUUGCUUUCGGACACCUGGCUUUCAAUCUCCAAUCUGAUCAAAGAUUGAUUUUUUUUCUUUAAUGCAGUCUUGUCACGAACCCUUCAGUUCUUUGGAAGCAGAUCGAAAUUGAGUAUCCCAUUGGAGGAAAUGAAGUGUUUCAUGCCCUGCAUUGCUGAAAUUAAGGAAGAAUCAAGGACAGUGAAGUCAAAUUUGGCUAUCCCUUCACCUUCUGCCUUUCUUGAUGAGCAUGAUCUUGCAUCUACUUCUCUGAAUGCCUCAGACACCACCACAAGUACAGAAUCUUUCAGGAGCAGGACAACCCAGUUUCCUAAUUCAUCCAAACGCUCCUCAGACCUCAGGCAGUUUACAUUCUCAGAACUGAAAGAAGCAACAAAAAAGUUUAGUAGAGCAACCAUGAUUGGGGAGGGUGGGUUUGGAUCUGUCUACAAGGGAACAAUUAGGAGUUCUGAAGAUCCAUCUAGACAAGUUGACGUGGCCAUAAAACAACUUAAUAGCACUGGAAACCAGGGACAUAAAGAAUGGGUGACAGAAGUUAAUGUUCUUGGAGUGGUUGAACACGAGAACCUUGUCAAAUUAAUUGGCUACUGUGCGGAAGAUGGUGAACGAGGAAUCCAGCGCCUUCUGGUGUAUGAAUAUAUGCCUAACAGCAGUGUGGACAAUCAUCUAUCAGCUAGGUCAGAAACAACUCUUUCAUGGGCCACGAGGUUAAGGAUAGCUCGAGAUGCUGCUCGUGGCUUAGCGUAUUUACACGAGGGCAUGGAAUUUCAGAUAAUCUUCAGAGAUUUCAAAUCAGCAAACAUUCUCCUAGACGAGCAAUGGAACGCAAAACUAUCGGACUUUGGGUUAGCUAGGCUGGGCCCUUCAGAAGGACUUUCACAUGUCUCAACCGCAGUAGUUGGAACAUUGGGAUAUGCUGCUCCUGAAUAUAUCCAAACGGGUCAUCUUUCUUCAAAGAAUGACGUGUGGAGCUACGGGAUGUUCCUCUAUGAGCUAAUAACAGGCAGGCGACCACUGGAUCGGAGUCGCCCUAAGCGUGAGCAGAAGCUCUUGGAAUGGGUAAAGCAAUACAUAUCAGACCCUAAGAAGUUUCAAACGAUAAUAGAUCCCAGGCUUAAAGGGGAGGAGGAUGUCCUAGGUUCUGCUCAGAAACUCUCUCAUGUUGCCAACCGCUGUUUGGAAAAACGCCCAAAGUUACGCCCAACCAUGACCGAAGUCCUUGAAAUGGUUACCCCUAUUGCAGAAGCACCGAUAGGGACGGGCAAUUCUAAGCCGCCUAUUGUAGUAGCAGAAGAAGAAGACACUUGUAGAAAUGGUAAAAGGACAAUCAAACCCAAUAAAGUAUUGGGUGGAUGGUUUGUCAGAAUAGCGUCACUAAAACGUCCAAAGACAGUCAUCUGAGCCCUUUGGUGGAGGCCAAUUUGGGGUUGGAGUUGUGCUGAAUGAAUCAAUGAAUGGUGGUAGUGUCCGAGCGGUAACGGUUUUGCUUCCAUCCUUCCGCUGUUUACUACAACAAUAUGUUUAUAUAUAUGCAUAUAUAUUAUUCCUGGAGAGAACUAGAGAAGCAUCAGCUGGUGAUCUAGAUCAUGUACUAUACUCAUGUUCUUAACUUCUUAUUCUAUCCAAAUCUGGCAAUGCUAUGUGAAAAAUCUUACUGGACAGUCAUAGGAAUAUAUCUAACCUUAGACUAUGCUUCAUUUCUUGGUGGUCUACCUCUUCCAAGAAGAGAAUGACUGGUCAGAAUGAGAUGGUAUAUUUGGAAAGCUUACUGUGAUACUCUCAUACUCCACGUCCCACAGUGAUAUCAUGGUGCCUGAGUGUUUUCCAACAAAAGCUUGCCAGCAAACGUAGUGUGCUGAAACAACUCAAUUUAUUCCCAAAAAGCUUCCUCUUGCCUGUACCUGACUGCAGAUGCUAUGAUAUGUGAAAAGCUACUACUGGCAGUCUGGCAGAUAUAAGAUUAAUGUAGCUGUCUUUUAUAAAGAUCACACAACAAUGGGGGAUCAAUAAUCAGAGAUUACACUGGUCGUUUUAAGAAAGCUAAAUGUUACUCUUUCAAAGCAGACUCAAAACUAAUGGCCGAAGAGAACCUAUAAUUGGGCUUGAAUUCAGUCUUUUGCUUUCAAGUACACAUGGGGAGAACAGACCAUUUGAAUACCUGACUUAUUUUAGAAAAAAAACUGUUUGUGCAUGUCCAUUUGUAUUUUGUAUACGCUUUCGGUGAACAUACAAUUUUUCUGUCCAUGAAUAUCCUUUCAUAGGCAAAAUAUGUUUUUUCUAUAACAGACUAUUUACGGAUAAAAAUUAGUGUGUUCACCGACGUGUAUAUGGACGUGUACAAAUGCACGUGUACAAGAAGUGGGACCGCUUAUUUUAGGAUGCUUGUUUUAAUGCAACCACUUACAUUUUGGCAUUUGUGGAUCGUAUAAAACAAAAACAUAAUAAGAAGAGAGGCAUUCCUCUUUAAAAUCAUGCAGUUGUGCUUUAAAACUUAGACCAUGUAUCCCCAUUUUAAGCUUAUCGGUCUCAUUAGUCAAUUUUUUCAUUAAACAUGUAGUUUUUGAUUUCUCGAGUUGAAUUCUAUGAUAAACAAAAUAAAUAAGGUUGAA